AUCCGAACAAUGGAGCGAUGAAAGGGCGUCGCGCUUUGAGCACUUGAUUGAGGUUUGUGUUCGUGACGUCACAGUCAACUAAAUCACUUUAAAUAUGUCAAAAAGAUCCGUUUUCUUAUUCAUACCUAUCUGAUUUCAACGAGAAAGAGCUAAACUAUUCAGCCAUGCCCGACCCCUCCCAGUUUCCUGGGGGCCCCGUCUACGGGACAGGACCCGACUAUCGGAUCCACCAGCCCGCAUUCCAUUCCUACCAGGUCAAGACCUACGACAAGGUCCACCACUACGACAAAGCUCACCAACCCCUUAAAACCCACAGAUACGACAACCAGCACGUUUACGACAAGAUACGAACGUACAACGAAGUACAGGAAUACACUGUGAAGGAAUAUAAACCGCGCUUUUACACGGCCCUCAAGCCGCCGCGACCCAGGGUUCCUACCCCGACUCCUCGUCUCAACAGACCACGGACACCGGACUAUAAGUGGGCUGAACUGUAUCAUUGUUAUGAGGAACCGCUAGGACCCGACAUUACGUUAAAGGACUAUAAAUGUCACGAAUAUAGGGGCUGUGAUUACAAUCCAGUAAUGAAAGAAUACAAGCCCCCAAUAAUGAACACCUUAUCAGGAGUUCAAGGGCCUUAUCAGGGGAAUGUACAUUAUAAACUCACUAAGGAUAACUAUUACCCUUUUAGAAAAAGGAAGGAUACGACAAAAGACGUCCCUGAAAAAUACGUGAAAAAACCGAAAGAGGUAAAACCACGGAAAAAAGAAAAAUCGGUUGCAAGUUUAAAGCAUGUUGACAUAAAUGAGAACAAAGUGAGAGAGGACAGUGCAAAACAAGAGAUGACGAGUCCCGAACCUGCGCCGAUCCGUGACGAAUCCCCGCCUCACCCAGCGCCGAUUGUUGUUGCGGAGAAAAGAGAAAGAUCUCCCGAGAAGGAAAGGACGUUUGUGAAUGAAGCGGAAAAGAACGGCUUGGCAGUUGGUACGUCUGUGAUGAUGGUUUCAGCAAGUACGGGAACGGACGAUCUAAAACGCAAAAAGCGGUGUUCAAGAUGGACUCAAACCACGCCCAUUUCAAGCCCCGAGCCUUCUAUUCGAGAAAUGACUCCAGUUGAAAUCGUUAAAAAAAGCGUCAUUGUCGGUGUCCCAAAUAAGAAACGAGUUGAAACUCCGGCUAAAACGGUCACACCACAACCGUCUCCACAACCCAUUGAACAACAACAACCUUUGCCUAAUAACGUGGCGCCUGCUGCAGUCGUUAUUGCUAGUGAUCACAGACGGCGUCGGAGCCCCACUCCUUCACCCAGGGGAUACCGGCGGAGGUCUCCUUCCCCGAGGAGCAGGUCUCCUUCCCCACGACGCAGGUCACCGUCCCCAAGGCGAUAUUACAGAAACUCCCCGAGCAUCAUGCCUCUCGCAGGAUUUGCCGCCGGCACUGUUGUUGGUGGAACUGUUGUUGUUCCGGUUAAAAAUAGAACACCAACACCACCAAUGCCGCAACCCAAAGAGAAAACACCUAGUCCAAAACCAGACUCUGCAGGAUCGAGGGUUGUUCCUGCUUCGGCAGUUAUUGUGGGUGGAGCAAUGAUAAAAGACAAUGAAACGAAACCCGCCAAAUCCAAGUCUCCUUCUCCGUCCCCGAAGAAGAAAUCUCCCUCGCCAGUCAAUGAACCUUCUUCUCCUGGUCCUGAUUCACCAACCGUUGUACCUGUCGUUCCAUUAAAAUUAUCACCGAGUCGAAACAGUUCUCCUUGUAAGGAAAAGAAAAGGACUCCAUCACCAGUUGAACAAACAGCACCUGUUGUUGUUCCUGUUAUUCCAGUAAGUGCAGAAAAGAAACCAGAUUCACCGCCAGUAAAAGACAAUACUCCUCCCUCAACCCCAUCAGCUUCUCUACCAUCGAUCGAAAAUACAUCCUCGCCUAGUCCAGUAGCAGAACCAGUAAUUAUACCUGCUAUAACAACCGCAGAAGUAGAAGCAACUAAACCGGACAAUCCGCCUCCAGAGAUCCCAAAGAAGGAGGAGGACCCAGAACGACCAGUUACACUGUCACCCCGGCCCUACGAGACGACAGGUAACAGUCAAACGGAAGCAGGACCUUCACGGCGGGGUCUGCCGCCAGAGGUCGUGGCGGCGUUAGAAGCGUAUGACAACGUGCACAAGAAUCCGUUUGGUGAACAGUUUGGCCUGAAUGCUGUUAACACAAUUAAAAGGACCAUGGCUCUUACAGGUUGACGUCAGGAGGACCAGGUGUGAGCUGCUGAAAAUGUUCUUAUUUGUGUAGUCCAAUUCUACAUUAUGAGUUAACUCUAAGACGAAAGGUUCCAUCAAUUUAUUCUACAACUGGAGACAUUUUCAGUGAAAUUUCAAAAAGAUUCAUCCUUUUAGAAAAACCAGUUUGCUGCUUUAAAUAUCAUUAAAAUGUGAUAACAUACCUGCAUAUC